CAAAAACAAAAACAAAAACUCUACAAUCAACUUUGGAUCUGUAAUCUCUAGCAAUUACCGUACAUGCAAUAUUAUCGUCUCAUCUAGACACGAAAUAAAUGGUAUGCUGCUGUCGCUCCGCCCAACCCUUGAGAGCAUCAUCUUCACGGCUGGCCACUUGGUUCUCGAUUCGAUUGAAGUUCAUUCGAAUUCUCCUUUCUCGCAUCGCUACUUGGGACCAUCCGAUGAUCUAGCCAUAUGUUGCUCUGCCGAUUUCUUUCGCAAGGCGGUCCUGAUGGUUUGGUUCUGUUGACACUCUCGUGGUAGCAUCAAGGCAUUCUCGGUGCCAACCGCUUGCAGCAAGUCCAUGCAAGUCUUCUCGUUGUUCGCCUCUUGAUUGUGGUGCCAAUCGCUGCUCCAACGACGCGCCACAGAGUAUGCGUUGCCGCUCAUGGUCAAGGUGUGAUGAUGAUGAUGAGGAUGAGUUCGCAGAACGCUAGCUCGCUCUGUAGAAUGAUUGAAAGAUUCAAUCUGUUCUGCCUUUCUGUAGCUUGCUGUUGUCCUCGACGCGGACAGCUUCUUUUCCUCUUUGUGAGUGUAGUGCACUUGCAGCACCUUGCCUGACUUCCGCACCCAACUUCCGCAACAGUUCUCAACUCUCAAAUACAAUGGCCCUCCAAUGCUGAAGAAAAAGAUACCAUUGUGGCCGAACCCUAGCUUCUCAGGAGGAUGGAAAAAUCCUGUCAAACUAUGGUUCAACACGGAUCUAUGGAAACCAGAAUAUUAAAACAAUUCAAGAGUCUAAAGAAUGCAUUGUUUAACACUUAUUGGAUAAUUACCAUGUUAUUACUCCACCCCCCUGACAUCACGCAAGGGGAGAUGCAGGUGUCAAAGAUUUGCGACGCUAGAUUUUUCUCACAACAAGAAAAUUCAAAGAACGAAACUGCAAGAGCGAAAGAAGAAAACAUUUUGGUCAUGGCAUCGGCCUUUCAUUUUCUCAUUAUUUUGGGAGCCCCAGCGUCCUUUCAUUAUCCAACUAACUAAAUAACUAAAUAAUAAACCAUGACGAGUGCUUCAGAUCCUCGCGCCGUGACCAGGGAUAUUUUCUCCGCCUUGACGGGCAGUGUUUGCUGCUGCUACACAGGACAUCCUUUUGAUACGGUCAAGGUCCGCAUGCAAACCAAGCCCGUGGAAUAUCCAUCGGUGGCCACUACCGUCACGUCCAUUCUUCGAAAUGAGGGUGUGCCGGCGUUGUGGAAAGGAGCUGUUCCCACUGCUCUGGGCAUGGCGGCAGAAAAUGCCAUGGCGUUUGGUGUGAACGAAUGGUUGACCAGAGCCUUUCCUGACAAGGAAGGAGAACCCACCAGCCUGAUGAAACCAUUUGCUUGUGGUGCCUUUACUGGAUUCAUGAGUGCCCUGGUACUGCUUCCCAGCGAUGUCAUCAAGGCCAAAACACAAGUGGUCUCUCAUGCCAACAUUUCCUCCCAGCAAAUCUUGAAGGAGAUGAUUCGUCGACAAGGAUACAAGUCGCUCUUUGUGGGUUUGGAUGCCGAAAUUGCAAGAGAGGUUACAUUCUACGCACCAUUCUUUGGCGGAUACAAAAUGUUCUGUUACCUUUUUAGCACCCAUGUGCCCUCCAUGCCAGAGGAACUCAACUAUUUCAUCAGUGGUGGACUGGCUGGCAUGCUGGGUUGGGUGGUGGCCAUGCCCUUUGAUGUGCCAAAAACCAAUCUGCAAUCGAGGUAUGACACCAAGGUCGUUGGAUCUUACUUCCCUGAGCUAGCGCGAAUUGCCAGGGAACGUGGCGUCCAGGGACUCUACGCAGGCUUGGGUCCUGUGUUGCUCCGUGCAUUUCCAGCCAAUGCAGCCCUCUUUUUGGGUGUGGAAAUGGGAAAGCGUGCCUUUGACAAGGCCUUGUGGAGGGACGACCGCGGCUACGAGCACAUGAAGGUGUAAUUUUUGAUGGUGAUAGCAGGCCUCCAGUAUGCAAGAAAUUUAAAAGAGAUGCCAGCCAUCACAACAAUCUGCAUGCUUCUGGUUCCGUCCCUUGUUUUUGAAGAGCCCAGGCAACGCAUAAACUUUAUUAGAAUUUGUAUCCAUUUGUACUGCGACCAG